AUGCAAAAAUGGCAAGUGGGUGGAAAACCCAAAGAUUAUCAAUCUCGACAUGAUAUUUAUGAAAAGCGCGAUGGCGGUGUUUACAAUACAGUUGAUGAGCAGCAGAAAGAAUAUGAAGAUCCCGAUUACUAUUAUGAUGAAAUGGGAAAAUCAAGAAGAUCUCAGAGAAUUGCUGCCAUGAAAGUUCAGCCAAUGAUGGCCACCCCUCCACCAAUACCCCCACCAAUGACGCCAACGCAUAUUGCUAUCAGAAAUCCGAAAGCUGCUUCUGCAAAACGGUGGAAAAUUAUUUGCAUAUCGGUGGCAAUCACUCUUCUCGCCGUGUUCAUCAUCGCAACAAUUCUAAGCUUUUUCGUGUUUGCUUCAGCGAAUCCUUUUCAAAAAUCAUCAUAUGGAUUACCUCGACAAGCAAUGGAACAGAGCUUAAUAUUGAAAAGAUCCGAUAUGGAGAUUAGCUCAAAUCAUCUUUUAACAUUGAUAAUUACGAAAAGGAAAAUUUGUAUUUUGGAAGCAGCCAGCGGAGAUGAACAAAAGAGUCGCGAAAAUUUCGAAGCUGAUCACAUUGAUUCAGCUCGUCUUGUGUUUUAUUCAAAUAUGAGCCAUGCCGGAGUCCCAGUUCAUCCCUUACAGUUUCAACGUUUUGCCCGUUCUCAAGGCAUUGAUAAUGAUUGUCAUAUUGUCGUCUAUGACAGAGGGCAAAUGAUCUGGAGCACUUAUGCAGUUUGGAUAUUUAAAUUAUUCGGGCAUCAAAAGGUUUCUCUUCUGUCCGGUGGAUAUCUUGGAUGGAAAACUCAGCAAGCGCGUAGUGCACAAUACAAAACUGAGCGCGGUGCUCCUUUAAAAGCAAGACAAGGAGACUUUUUAGCAUCAUGGAAUAAAUCAAUAAUAAUAACAUACGACGAUGUUCUUGUGAAUUCGGAAAUCGAAACAUAUGAUGUUGUGGAUGCUCAAACUAAAGACGAGUUUCUUGGUGUAGCUCAAGGAGCCCUUUACGGACAUAUUAAAGGUGCACGUAAUAUUCCCAUUGAUGCGGUAUAUGAUUGGACAGUUGGACAAUGGAGAGAUGCUGACCAUUUGCGAGGUCUUUUCAAUAAUAAUGCGCUUUCGCUGAGAAAACCAGUGAUAGUUUACUGCUCGACGUCAUUGCGAUCUUCAAUGAUAUGGUGGGCAUUGACAAGAUCCGGAUAUAACGCAAAAAUUUACUUUGGUGGUUGGCCCGAGUGGGUCGUUAGAGCUCCAGAUCAGCUGAAGGUUAUUGGAACGACUUUGGACAAUUGA